AUGUCUGCUGGGCGUCUCUGCCGUGUGAUGGAGGCAACGGCCGCACGGGGCCCCUAUGACCUCAACACGUGGAUCCGGUUUGUCGCUAGGGCUGAAAUGGUGCUGCCCUCAAUGUCGCUUUCGCAUUUGGCUCGUAUUGCGUCUUCCUGCCUCCGCGUGCGCUGGAGGCCGGCAGCCUUUUUCGCUGUCUGCUUCAAAAGGAACAAAGAUCUUGAGGCGCUAGUGCAGCGCGCUGAGGCAAGAGAUGUCUGCGCGGUUCUGCAAGCGCUUGCCGGCUUAGAGUGUCUGGACACCCGCAUCUUUAGCCUCCUUGCUGACCGUCUGGCCGAGCCCGACGUCAUCAACAACUGUCGCUUCUUCCAGUUGGCGCUCGCCGUGAACGCGCUUGCGGCUGGACGAGUUCUGAACCCUCGGCUCCUCUCCGCCGCGGGCUGUAGACUUGCAACUGCGUGCGAUUCCUCGGAGGCAAACCCUCAAAGUACGUGCAAGACCGCAGUUGCAUGGCCCUUGGCUCUGCAGCAUGAGGCCCCUCUCCCACUGCUUCCACCUCUCGUUCUUCAGCUCUUCUUUUCCUUCGGUGCUUCAGGCUUUGCCCUGUUCCUAAAUGCACUGGCACGUUUCCAUGAGGAGGAAAUGGCCCUGCGCAGGCGGAACCUACAGGAACCCGCGUCGCUUUCGGAUUUGGAUACGAUUCGCGCGUCUCUCACUUUGGGGUGGGCAAUCCAAGAUCAGGAGCACCCUCUGCAAGAGCAGCAGCAAGAGCAGCCAGAACAUCAGCAGCAUUGCGACUCAACAGAAGCAAAGCCCAUGGAGCACGAAGAAAAGUGCCCGCAGCCACGGGAGUCUCACGGACGUCAGCCCCCUACGUUGCUCUUGCAACAAGUAGAUGCGCGAGGCUGCUGCUUAGCCCUUGCUGCCUUGUCUCGUCUGCAGCACCGUGAUGGAUUUGCUGUUCUUGUGGCAGCUGCUGCAACAGCCACUGCGAGCCAGGUUCCCGUACAUCUCGCAAAGCUGACCGCCCAACAGACUGCAACACUUCUCAACAGCAUCUCUAAGCUCCUUCAGGUGUCUCCUUCUCUCUCCAGCGAACUGCUGAACCAUUUGCGACCCCGCGUGAAGCACUUGGACCCGAUUGGAUGCGUUAGCGCGCUAAAUGCCAUCCGCCAUCUACGCUUGUCCGGGGACGACCCUCUUACGGAGCAACUGGAAACACAAGCAGCCUCCCAAGUCCACCAAUGCGACUGGCAUUCGCUUCAUGCACUGGCGUCAAUUGCACGGUGUGGGAAAUUUCCGCGGCUGCUGCAGCUGCUACUCCAGGAGCAGCAGAAGCAGCGACACCAGCAGCAGGGCAAGCCAUCUCCCGCAUUGGAAAGAUUCCGUAAGUCGAGCAGUUGA